AUGAAACUCAAGUAUCAAGGAAAUGCUAGAGUGAAGCGAGCCCAGUUACAACGACUUCGCAGAACAUUCAAAACCUUAGAGAUGAAAGUAGGAGAAGUAUGCUCAAUUGAAGAAUCCAAGGACAUUGACCAAUUAACAGUCGAUGAAUUACAUGCAUCUUCACUUGUACAUGAACAAAAGGUGAUUGAUAAGAGGAAUGAAAAGCAGGUUAUGCAGGUGGAGAAUGUACCAAGGUAUGGACAAGGAAGUGGCAGAGGGACAUUUCAGAGAGGAAGAGGUUACUCUAGAGAACGGGGAAGAGGUAGAUCUUUUAUGAACCGGUCGGCUAUCAACUGUUUUCGAUGUGGAAAGCAAAGACAUUACCAAUUUAAAUGUCCGAGCUUAGAAAAAGAAGCUUUCAAUUAUGCUGAAUUUGACGAGGAUGAAGAACUGCUAUUGAUGGCGUACACAAAGAAAAGUAAAGUUGAAAGAGAAGGCAUUUGGUUUCUCGAUUUCGGGUGCUCAAAUCAUAUGACAAGGGACAAAACAUGGUUCGUUGAGCUUGAUGAAAGUUUCAAACACACUGUCAGGUUGGGAAAUAGCUCAAAAUUGGCAGUUGAAGGAAGAGGCAGUGUCAGAUUCGAAGUUAAAGGUAUCACACAAACCGUAACAAAUGUCUACUGUCCUCAAUCUCACCAACAAUUUUCUAAGCAUAGGGUAGCUAUAGGAGAAGCACUUGGUGAUCUUAAUCAAAGAAGGAACCUGCAGAAUCUAUCAUCAACAAAGGGGCAUGAACACACAAAUAAUGACGAAUAG